CUUUCUUUUCUCUCUCCUUUUCUCCAACACCAUGGCAAACUCUAGAUACGAAUAUGUCAGGAGCUUUGAACGAGAAAAUAUUCUUCUUCCGCAAUCCCACAUUGUAAUACGAGUGGAUGGGAGAGGAUUCCACAAGUUUUCCGAUCACUACGAUUUCGAGAAGCCGAACGACGAAAAAGCCUUGCAGGUGAUCAAUGAGGCCGCCAAACAGAUGAUGGUCACCAUGCCAGAUAUAAUCAUGGCAUAUGGAGACUCUGACGAAUACUCAUUUCUUUUGCGAAAGGACUGCGACCUGUUUGAGCGUCGAGAAUUUAAGUUGAUAACUACCUUUGCAUCAGCGUUCAGCGCCUACUAUCAACACUUCUGGACCAAAUGGAUCCCAGGGAAGCCCCUCGAUUUGGAAAGGCUUCCGAUGUUUGACGCCCGGGCUGUGGUGUACCCGAACGCCGAAAAUGUCAUGGACUACUUCCGAUGGAGACAGGUCGACUGUCAUAUCAACAAUUUAUACAAUACCACAUUCUGGAGCUUAGUGUUAAAAGGCGGUAUGACCACCAAUGAGGCUGAAAACAGGUUGAUAGGUACACUCAGUGCUGACAAAAACGAAAUCUUGUUUAAAGACUUUGGCAUCAAUUAUAACAACAUCCACGAUAUGUACAAAAAGGGGACCAUAUAUAUCAGAGAGUACACAGACUUCCCCCUCUCCAAAUAUUUGGAAGAUCCUACCGAGGCUCAUUUGAAACGACUGAUGAAAAGAGUCAAAAAAUCAACUAUCGAGCAAUAUCACUGUGACAUCAUCAAAGACUCCUUCUGGACGCAAAGGCCAUACUUAUUACUAUAGAGUAAGACGUUAGGAUCAAUGUCUUUGUCAAUCUAUUAUGUACAGAGGAUAUAUAAACGUGUGUAUAUAUUGCCGUUUUUACUUGCGGACAAAUCAGGCAAAUUGCUUGUCUUGUGUUGGAACCUCAACCUUAGGAGGAACCUUGGCAGCCUUAACUGGCGUAGGCCAUUGUUCAUAGAGCAAGCCGGCUUUCUUGAACAAAUUAGCCACCGUGUCGCUUGGCUGAGCGCCUACCGAUAUCCAGUACUUGGCUCUGUCAAAGUCUAGCUUCACAUCCUUCACAGGAAUGAUGCCUUGCGCCUUCAUCGAUGGGGAGAUUGGAGUCGGCACAGGGUUGUACGUGCCAAUCACUUCAACCGGAACGCUCUGAAGACUGGCUCUCUUUCUACCAACAGUAAUGUUGUACACCGGUUGUCUGGUUCUACCCUUUCUGACAAGUCUGAUUCUCACAAGUCCUUUCAUUGCUAUGCGC